CUAUUUGGUCCAUUCCUGGAGGACUUAGAAGCUUCACUGAGAAAAAGCUAGCACUUAUUUAUACAAAUUAAAACAAGCUGCAAGCAUGGAUAGAGUGAAGAUCUCCACAGCUGAAGGACUGCUCCUGUUCAUGCUGUUAAGCGCAACCCAAGCGACACGCUGCUCGCCCUGUUCAUGUGAGCCUCUUGCAAAUGUGUGGGGUGGAUGGACAAUGGACUGCCGCUCUUUAGGACUGAAAGACAUUCCUCCCUUGAUUCCUAAUGCCAAGAACCUUUAUCUGCAAAACAACAGUUUAACCACUCUCCCUCCUGGUGCACUGGACCACUUAAACCUGAGGGAAGUUGAUUUCUCCAACAACCCUUGGCACUGCGACUGCUCUAUUUUAUAUCUCAAAAAAUGGCUGGAAGACUUCAGCCCAGCUGCUCUGGCCAAGGUCACGUGUGCCACGCCAGUUUCUGUAAAGGGAAAAGCCUUGAGUCAACUGAAUGGGAAUGAACUGGAAGGCUGUCGGAAGCCUCUUCCAAUCCAAUGCCUCGAUUUCUUUUGGAGGGACAUUGCUCUGAUUUGUAUGGUUGUCAUUGCUUUCAUUUUAACAUUAUUCAUUUUGCAACGGGCAAAGAAAUUAGCCUCUAAGGCAGCCAGAAAACCACACUCCUUUGAAGUCCCACUAUUGCAGGAUCAUGACCUCGAGAACCAAAAGUCAAAAUAAGGUGUUAUAGCGGCUAAAAGCCUUUCAACAAGAACACAAAAGUAACCUGUGAAGGUCAGCGUUGUACAAACUGAGGGAGCAUGCAGGCAUCACUGUGUGAUUCCUAACACUGUCACUCACCUUCUCCUUUCCCCUUCAUGCUUUCUGAAAACACAUUUGUCUGAAGAAGCACUCUUCAAAAGCUUGCAGAUAUAUUUUUGACCUAUUUCGGUUGGUCUGAUAAAAAGAUGAUCACAAGAAACUUUGGAAUUUGUAUUCUCAUCGGCUUGGUUACCCCUGCAUUACAGCUGCUGAAUCUAAAGUCAUAGUAUAGGUUCUGCUUUGUUGUUUUAGUAGCCAUUCCAUAUUUUUCAAACUGGCAAUAACUACCAUUAGAAUAAAAGUCAAUAAAGAGAAGGAGGUAUGGCUGUGUAAAUUAUCUUGUAGCAAAUUACAGCUACAUUGGUUAAUGGUACACCAUAGUGCCAUGUAAAUGACCACAAUAGUUUCUGCCAUCAUGGCAUUUAGCUGCAUAAGCAUUCCCAAAGCAAAUCAAUAAUGCUAAUGUUAUGCAAAUCCUGCUCUCAAAUUAAGUAUUAAAACAUGGUGGUAUAUUUGAAACAAGUUUACUUCAAAUAAAUCUAAAUACCAGACUAAAGAAAACUAAACAUACAUACUGUCACCUUAAUUGAUGUGGACUGGAGUGCUUGGUUAGCAUUAUACUGCAUAAUAAAUGAAUUUAUUGAAGCAGUUUUGUAUCACUCAAUGAAAACUUGCCAAUUGGAUAAAUGCAGUUUGAUGAAAUAACAAACAUGGAACUGCUUAGACGAUGCAAAUGGAUAAGGAGUUGAACUGGUAGACAUUAAUUAUUAUAGUUUUAAAUGGUUUUAUAUGGAUUUUUAUUAUGUGAUACGAAAUGUUUUUAAUUGAUAUGUAUGUGUAUGUUUAUGGCAUCUGUUGCCAAUCUGUAUGCCAUCCUGAGUUGACUUUGGGCUGAAAAGAGUGGGAUAAAAAUGCUGUAAAUAAAUAAGUCAAGAAACCAAUUGAUAGAGUAGGAAAUAUGGCCUCCAUUGUGCAGCACUAUACAACAUUAUAUUCCUGUGAAUAGAGUCAGUCUCAUAUUUUCUCCUGGUUCUUUUAAGAAUAUGUGCAUAUCUGUCUCCAACAACUGCAUGACUGAAUUUCUCAGCUGCAACACUGAAUCUUUAGUACUACUUCCAGCAGAGUCUACAGUCCUUAUUACUUGUUUUUAAGACCAAUAACAGUUCUGCUGGCAAUAACUUUUGCUCUGAACAUACGGUUGCAACUGCACUGAUAUAUCCCCGAUUCAAUCUAGCAUCCUUUCUCCUCCCCAAUACUUUAUUAGGUUAUACCAGAAAGCCAUUUGUUAUUUAACAGGCUAUAUGCCAUUAAAAUUGUUCAGGGGAUUUGUUGGUUUAAAUAAAGUAUACCUGUGCUUGGCAGAGUUCCAAAGCUGUUUAUUUUUCUCUUUUAAGAUUCCUUCCAUUUCAUUCACCCUUUCUCACAUGAUUGCCAAUUUUUCACUUACACCAGAUGCAUUUCACAGGAUAUUAUGGCAGCAAUCUGUACUGUUUGUCAGCAAUUAUUGCCAAGAUAUCAAAAUGUCUGUAUUUCGAAAAGAAUCAAGUGUCCAUCCAAAGAGACUAUGGUAAAGAGACUAUGGAAAAACAUUGGUUAGAAUCAACAAUAAAACAGCAAAAG